CUCCCCAUGUGGUUUAGUUUGCCAAGGCGCAGCAGUGCGCCUUUCCUCCUCUGUCUUGGUGCUGACCGACACGGACGCAGAGUGAGAUACAACCACAAGACGCGUUAAAAAAAAAAAAAGGAAAAGAAAAGAACUUAACUGAACUUUUAUUUGCUUUUUCUAAAGUUGCAGCGAUAAACUUGCUUCGGUCCAAAGUAUGAUGGCUCCAGAGUGCAGACAUUUCACCACUGUAGAGGAUCAGAUGAACAUUUAUACAAGGUCCAAUUUAACAUCAUAACGUUCGAGACAAUAUAAAACUGAAAAUAUGGAUCACAAUGUGACAUUUUCUUCCCUGGAAUGUGCCGGAGCGCAGGCUGAUGCGCUACAGAACGGAACCGGUAAUGGGACCUUGGAGACUUCAAGCAUCACCUGCAACAACGGGUCCAUAUUCAUCACACCACCGCGGGCGAGGCAGAGAGAUGAGGACCACACCCUGCGGAUCCUCCUCUACUCACUUAUCUUCUUCCUGAGUGUGUUUGGAAACCUGCUGAUCAUCGUUGUGCUGACGGUCAACAAGCGUAUGCGAACCGUGACCAACACCUUCCUGCUGUCGCUGGCCAUCAGUGACCUGAUGAUGACCGUUUUCUGCAUGCCCUUCAACCUCAUCCCCAGCAUCUUGAAGGAUUUCAUCUUUGGAGCUGCCAUGUGCAAAAUAGUGGCCUACCUCAUGGGCAUCUCAGUGAGUAUUUCCACAUUUAGCCUUGUUGCCAUAGCAAUUGAGCGCUAUAGUGCCAUCUGUAACCCCCUGAAGUCACGGGUGUGGCAGACCCGUUCCCAUGCCUAUCGGGUGAUUGCUGCUACAUGGCUGCUGGCCUUCGUCAUUAUGACCCCCUAUCCAGUAGUCAGUCAUUUGGAGUCUUAUCGGCGCGCUGACAACACCACUGCACACCUGUGUCGCCACAACUGGCCUCACACCACGGCAGAGCAGACCUGGUAUAUUCUGCUUCUGCUUGUGCUAUUUGCCAUCCCUGGGGUGGUGAUGAUCGUAGCCUAUGGACUAAUCUCCAGGGAACUUUAUAGAGGCAUCAAGUUUGAGAUGGGAAACAAGAAAGACUCUACCGAUGUGAAGAAUGGACUCACCUCCACUGUGUCCACUGGCAGCGACGAUGGAGACGGUUGCUAUGUAAAUGUAACCCACCGGCCUCACUCAAUGGAGAUGUCCAACAUGGCGUCUUCAAGCAGGGCACUCAAGACCGAACGGCCACGCAGCAACACAUCUGAGGCCAAACUGGAAGCGAAGAAGAGAGUCAUCCGCAUGCUGGUGGUCAUUGUUGUCUUUUUCUUCCUUUGCUGGAUGCCUAUCUACUGUGUCAACACUUGGCGGGCUUUUGAUGAAAAAUCCGCCAUACACGCCCUCUCAGGGGCACCCAUUGCUUUCAUCCACUUGUUGUGCUACACGUCUGCCUGCAUCAAUCCAAUUAUUUACUGCUUCAUGAACACGCGUUUUCGUAAAGCUCUUCUCGCCACUUUCUCAUGCUGUGCUUCGCCUUGCCGCCAUCAUCAUCGCCGCUCACUCCGGGACAACGAGGAGGAUGUUAUGGCGACGGGAGCCUCCAUGUCAAAGUUCAGUUACACUACAGUUAGCACCAUGGGACCCUGCUGAAGCACAUAGACGCAGAUACAACACAGAAGAAAUAGUUACUAGGCAAAAACUGCACCCCACAUCCUUCAGUUUUCAACUCGUUGCUCAUAGGGACAGUAGAGUAGAAAACAUGUAGUAGCAGUAUAGAUGAUUCACCUUGGAAACAUUAUUUAGCCAUGAUUUACAUGUAUAUAAAUCAUCUAGUUCUACACUGUAAGUACCUCCAUAUCUAUACUGAAAAAAAAAACACAAAAACAAACAGUAGAUUAUCUCACAGUUAUGUCUUGUAACAGUGUACCGAGGCAAAAUGCUCGCUUAAAUGUUUACUGUGAGGUGAGUGUGUGUGUUACUGUACAACAGAGGAUGUGAGUGAUAGUAGCCCUCAAUCAUAAUGUAGCUAUAGCUGCUAUGUAAUUUUUACAUUUUGCUGCCAUUUGUUAAUAUUUAUCUAUUUUUACAACAAUAACGCAAUUGCCUUGUGGAUGAAGUGCCUGCUUUCUAAACACUGUGUUUGUUUCAUUGUCUGUAUAUUAUAUUUAUCUACUGCGGCCUCAUUUAUUAUAGGCAUCAUAUUCAUGAGUUGAAAGACCUAAUGGGAACUGAUUGUUGUGUUAUGUGAAGUGUUACGUGGCUUCAAAAUUCACAGAAAAUGUACCAGUGGUAAAAAUAGCUUAGAAUGACAGCAGUGUUGCCUUGUGUUGUGUUGGUAAACUGUGCAGCUGCUCAAAAGUUGUGUAUUUGAGCUUUUUGUGUGUUGCUACAGUGUAUGUUUGUCUUCAGACGUCAGUGUGCAGAAGUGUGUUUAUUUCUGGUGUUAGGGCCAAUAGCUUGAGGGCAGUAAACUGGGCAGUUGGCUGCAAAGUAUGCAGCACUUUGUGGAGAACAUCUGGACAGAAAGCCCAAAGGACAGAUUACUUGGUACCUAAAUUAAUUCCUGAUGAAAUAAAUUCUUCAUAAAACUCUGCUUAAAUGGCAUCAAGAAAAAAGUACAUAGAUCUUAAACACAUAACGUAAUAAUCUACACAACACUUUAUAUUCUACCAUAUGGUGCUUCUCCAGCACUUAAAAUGGCAAGUUAAAAACUGUGGUGAAAUAUUAUGUAGAUUUUGUCCUAAUACUAUCCAUCACAGCUCUUUUGUCUAUUAAUGCUGAUGCACAUUAGUGAAACUGAUCUUCUCUGCUUUUACCCCUAGCUUUAACUCUAACUUUAAAAACUCAACAGGAUACAGGGAUAAAUAAUUAUUAGAGAUAAUUCAAGAUUAUUUUAUUGCAUCCAGAUUUGGCAUAUUGUGAUUUAUUUGGUCUGAA